AGAGAUUACAAAAAAUGCAAGAAGCUCUAGUGAUCAAGCAGUCAUUGAAAAACUUGGUAGUAUGUUAGAAGAAAUUAUAAAGAGGCUCACUAAGAUUGAUGAAAGACAACAAGAGGGUUAA